GGGGGGUUCAUCAGAGCGCCCUGACCCCGACGCAGAAGACCGGCCACUGCAGUGUUUGUGUUUCCGUCCCUCGCCUUGCUCCGGGCUCCCAGACCCUCCCCCUCCUCUUCCUCUUCGCGGCCACCCCUCCCCCACUCCCAUCUGCUUCUGUCAAACGAGAAAGUCAACGGGGAGAACCCAAACACUCCAGCCGCCGAGAGCCCCCUUUGGCACUUGGCAGCACGCGGCGGUGGGCUCCGAGGCUCAACUUGGUGGAUCCUCCAUCGCUCAACUUUCCGGACUGCUUGGCGUUUAAGGCUUUGAAGACGGAGGAGAGGGGAGAGCUGAACCAGGCAGUGGCCACCUGCAGGGAGUUGGCGAGCCAAAGCAACGGGACAGAAGGACGAAAAGCAGAGGGCAAAGUGCCACCGCGGAGAGGGGACACCGAGGAGAAGUUCCAGGGUCCCGGAGAGAAUUUUUUCUUAGAGCUCGGCCAGACAGACCAAAGCGGCCUGGGACACAGCGUCCCGGCCCUGGGCUGGUCGUCUGGUCCCCUCUUCCCGCGCGGGAGCUACGCGGGGACGCACGGCCUCCCGCUGAGCCGGUCCCCACUGGCAGCCAACAUUGAUUUCCUCCGGGCGGAGGCCGAGGGCCCGGGUGGCGGCGGCGGGCUGCAGCCGCGGCUCGGCGACAGCAUGUCCAAGCCGGUGGACCACGUCAAGCGGCCCAUGAACGCCUUCAUGGUGUGGUCGCGGGCUCAGCGGCGGAAGAUGGCCCAGGAGAACCCUAAGAUGCACAACUCGGAGAUCAGCAAGCGCCUGGGCGCCGAGUGGAAGCUGCUCACCGAGUCGGAGAAGCGGCCGUUCAUCGACGAGGCGAAGCGCCUGCGAGCCAUGCACAUGAAGGAGCAUCCCGACUACAAGUACCGGCCGCGGCGCAAGCCCAAGACGCUGCUCAAAAAGGACAAGUUCGCCUUCCCGGUGCCCUACGGCCUGGGCAGCGUGGCGGACGCCGAGCACCCGGCGCUCAAGGCGGGAGCCGGGCUGCACGCGGGCGCGGGCGGCGGCCUGGUACCCGAGUCUCUGCUCGCGAACCCCGAGAAGGCGGCCGCCGCCGCCGCCGCUGCCGCCGCGCGCGUCUUCUUCCCGCAGUCCGCGGCCGCCGCUGCUGCUGCCGCCGCCGCCGCCGCUGCGGGCAGCCCCUACUCGCUCCUUUGACCUGGGCUCCAAGAUGGCAGAGAUCCGUCGUCGUCGUCCGGCCUGCCGUACGCGUCGUCGCUGGGGUACCCCACGGCGGGCGCGGGCGCCUUCCACGGGCGGCGGCGGCGGCUGCAGCGGCCGCGGUGGCCGCCGGGGCACACGCACCGCACCCCAGCCCGGGCAACCCCGGCUACAUGAUCCCGUGCAACUGCAGCGCGUGGCCCAGCCCGGGGCUGCAGCCGCCGCUCGCCUACAUCCUGCUGCCAGGCAUGGGCAAGCCUCAGCUGGACCCCUACCCCGCGGCCUACGCGGCCGCG